AUGGAUAGUAUUUCUCCGCUAACGUGGCUGAUUCCUUUGGCAAUCAUAAUCGCAAUUCGCUGGUUCACCCUUGAACUUGUCCCCUCACAUUCGUCAAAGUCAGACAUCUCUACAAGGCAGAUAAGGCACCCACGGGAGGGAAAUAGAACGCAGAAACCUCAUCUGAAGCUGAAAGAAGUCCGCGAGAGGCAACGGUUAAAAACACUGUAUCAUCGUCACGGUUUCGGCCUGCUGCCCACGGAGAUUGUCGACUAUAUAUUCACGUUCUGUCUUCCUCAAUCCCCCUUUAUCCGACCUAAACCUACCGAUGCACCUUUGCUGCUGUGCCAUGUAUCUCCUGCCUGGAGGGAUUACGUCACUCAUAAUCCUAAAAUGUGGCCGUCUCUCAUCCAUCCUGAGCUUAUGCGAAAGUGGCUAAGCUGCUCUUCCACGCUUCCCAUUUCCAUCCACCUCUCUGCAGGCAAGCAGUAUUAUCAGAAACCAGAGGGACGCGAGGCCUUCCGAACCAUUGCACAAACUUUGGCGGGCGAAAUCAAUCGCUGUAACAAUCUUGAGCUGGAUCUUCCCACCACGGAGGCAACUGAUGUAUUUCUUGCAUUACUGCCCCAGGACGAAGUGCUUUUCUUGGAGAGUUUCCUUAUACGUUGCGAGGAGGAACGUAGACUUCCUAUCCACCUCUCCGCCUUGUUCAACUACUCGCCAGAUUUACGCAAAUUGAUUUGGAAAGGUCCAAAUGUCAAAGCGAGACGAUUUUUGCCGAUUGUGAAUUGGAAUCAACUCGUCGAUGUUCGUCUAGAUUGUCGACUAUCUUUGAUAGAUUGCUUUCACAUCAUUCAGAGAUCGGUUCAGCUGAAAACCUGCUAUCUAUACGGGAUUUCUAUACCCCUUUUUUCUACACUCUUGACAGGCCCUCAUACCCAUACAUCGCUUCAGGAUCUCCGUCUUCACUCAACCAUACCCAUUAAUUCGCUUAUCUCGACGUUGACGCUACCAUCGCUCAACGCAUUGCAGCUCAUCCUCUCUGGGAACCCGAUUGGGCUUGACUCACACAACUCGGGCGCCGAUCUAUCACAUUUUGUGGAACGCUCCAGCCCGCCGCUGCGAAGCCUUAUGCUAGAAAACUUCCGUAUUCCCGAGAAUGAUUUAAUACAGUGUUUGUUGGAUUUGCCGACAAUCGAAGAAAUCAAGAUCGAUGAAACUGCUGCCGGGUUCCUUACCAACGAAUUUCUUGACGCAUUGGGAAAGCUUUGGCCAAACUCGGAAGACGAGGGUGCACAUCGCAUGUUCCUAUGUCCCAAGCUGCAAAGCAUCCGUCUUGGACCAACUAUUUCCUCCGCAGACGGAGUUUUUGCGGAAAUGUUUCGCAAGAGAUGGGAUGCAGCAGAAAGGGGUGAAGUCUGUCGAAUGAAAUCAGUUCACGUGGAGUUCAGAAAUGGGGCCCAUGUUGCUGACGAGGAGGUGAAGCAAUAUAGGGCAGAGGGGCUAUCAUUUCACUUUUAUUCGAUACCAUAA